GAGAGAGAGAGACGAGGAAACUGCAGUGUAGCGUUCCUGGCUGUCUGACUACAGUUUAUUGAGGUUAGCUAAACCACAGAGCUUUCUCAUCUGCAAGCGAGCUCACAGGGCUGUUUCACACCGGCGUUGUUUCACCAUUUAUUUCAGCUUUUCGUUCUACUCCACUUUAAUACACUGAUGUCGGCUUUGUCUCAGCGUGACCUGACAUUUUCUUGAGGCUAUUUGAGAGAACAGUGGUGCUUUUUUUUUUUUUUUUUUUAACCUUGUCUCUCUCCUAGUUUAACUUUUCUCCUCAGCUCGAUAGAAGAAAUGUCGUAGAGCCAGUACGGAAAUAAAACUCCACUCUAACAUACAUGGGGGACAAUGUAGACGUCAAGGCCCUGAGGGCCAGGUUUCAUGCUCAGGCAGACAAAGCAACCCCCAGUGGUGGAGCCUACACCAGGCCUCAUGUGGCUGGUCAGUUGCCGGAAGCAUCAGACAAUGGACUGCCCCGAAGCAAGCUUCCACCUGCUACGAUAAAGCCAAUGCUUCCAGUGAACCUUGUCAAUGAACCAAAAAGAGUUGUUCAGACUCCUCAGGGAGUGUUUCCCAAACCUCCACCUUCUCACCGUGUGGGAGCUAAAGAGGAUCCUAAACCAUCUGUCAGUGACUCUGAAAACACAAGAGUAAAACUAACAGGGGAGCUUCUCCAGAACAAGAUGAUGCAACAUCUUGAGAAGAAGCCCCAGCCAAGUCCCAGACCACUGCUUCCAAGCCAGAAGAGCAUAUCAGAAGUAGCUCCCCUGAGAAAACCUCUUCCCAGUGUUGGGCAACGACCUACAAAGCCCAAACGACCCCCUUCUGUCAGCCUGGAACGUUUUUAUGCAAAGGGUCCAGGCUUUCUGCCCCGAGUUCAGCUGGAUACUAAAACACAUGAGGGGCCGCCCCGACCACCAAAAUCAACCUUCUUAUCUGCGACACCCAUUCCACAGAGAAGCAUCGAACCUGAACAGGACACAUACGACGACAUUGAUUUGCCCCCACCUCCACCUCCACCUCCAAAACCAUCUUCCAGCGAAUCAUGGACAAGUAGUUUUUCAUCUCAGGCUGAUGAGGAGAGUGAUCAUAGUGAAAUUUACGAGCAUAUCGAGGAUCACGAGGGGAUUACACAGCCUGCGAUCCCGGAGAAGAAAAAACAAAAGGAUUACAAACGACAGCAAGAAGUGGAAAAGAGAGAGCAAAAAGAGAAGCUGAAAAAAGAAAAUGAGUACCGAAAAAAAUUCAAACUGACUGGAGAAGUUGAGGUGAUCCACACAGCUCGGGUGAGGGAGGACUGGCAGGGCGGGAAAAACGAUCUGCGUGUGCGGCAGGGAGAGUCGGUGGAGAUUGUACGUGUGAAGAACAACCCAGAGGGAAGAUGGCUGGCCCGGAACAUGAGUGGGGAAUAUGGAUAUAUCAGUAAUGUAUGUGUAGAUGUGGAUUAUGAAGGAAUAAAGCGAAAGAUUCGCGGUGAUGUUGCACCUUCUCUCCUUCCUCUUCCCAUCCAUAUAGACGAGGAUGUUUAUGAUGACGUCGGCACAGACUCACUGAACACCAGCCUGAACGUGAGCGGUGAGGUAUAUGAUGAUAUUGAUCAUGUCAUACCAGAUGACUUCCCCCUGCCCCCUCCAGAGAUAUGCCAAGACCCUAAAAAAAGCAAGAAACUAGAGAAGGAGGAAAAAGAGUUUAGAAAGAAAUUUAAGUUUGAAGGCCCCAUCCAAGUUAUUUGCUGCAUGAUGGUGGAUCCGAAUGCCAACAUCAAGAAGGCCAGUGGGAAAGACCUGUCUGUUUCGAAGGGGGAAAUUCUCGAAGUUAUUCAGCAGACUAAUGAGAAGAAAUUUCUCUGUCGUAACGAACAGGGAAAAUACGGAUAUGUUGCCAGACAUUACCUGCUACAUGAGGAAAACGAAAUAUAUGAUGAUAUCGACAAUGUUACAGAUGUUUAUGAUAAUGAUGUCAGUGGACCACCACCUCUGCGGUCUUGACAGCCAUUACCAAUGCUUUGACGGCGAAGGUGAAUGUAAAAGUCGACCUGAUGAUUCUCGUGCAUUUUGCGGGCAUGAAGACAGGAUGGAAGAUCAGGAGGAUAAUUUCCAAAACUUUUGUACACUGAACAAACAAAUACAUAAUUUUUACGAA